UCGGGCUUUCGGCGCUGGGCUCGGAGAUCUCACGAUCCUUCCAUCCUCCAAGCGUCUGUUUCUGGUGCAGCGGGUCUCCCCAGAAGGCGGAAGCUCAGCUCCGGCUGUUUGCAGCGGCUCCUCCCGUAAGUCCGGCCAUCUGUUCCCUGCGUUCCGCCUGGGGAGAGAUUGUCCCGUCGGGCCGCCCCGGAGACCCGAUGCCAACUGCGUGAGGAGGGGGGAUUCGCCUUCUUGCCCCCAGGUGGACGAGGAGGAGCUGCCACUGCUGAGGGGAGGGCUGGACAUGUCUGAGGCACUGUCCUGCCCCUGCAAUGAGACCUCUGCCCCAGGCUGCAGACUGGGGGCCCUGUACUGGGCCUGUGUCCGCAAUGACCCUGCCCAGCUCCAAGCCAUGCUGGAUGAUGGGGUCUCCCCAGAAGAGGCCACUCAGGUGGACGGCAAUGGGAGGACAGGCCUCAUGGUCGCAUGCUACCACGGCUUCGAGAAUGUUGUGGCCCUGCUCAGCCGCUGCCCUUUCCUGGAUGUGAACCAGCAGGACAAAGAAGGGGACACAGCCCUCAUGCUGGCCGCCCAAGCAGGCCACGUGCCUCUGGUGAGUCUCCUGCUCAACUACUACACGGGCCUGGACCUGGAGCGCCGGGACCAGCGGGGGCUAACUGCGCUGAUGAAGGCUGCCAUGCGGGACCGCUCUGAAUGUGUGGCUGCCCUCCUCAUGGCAGGUGCUGACCUGACAGCGGUGGAUCCUGUUCGAGGCAAGACAGCCCUGGAGUGGGCAGUGCUGACCGACAGCUUUGACACCGUGCGGAGGAUCCGGCAGCUGCUGCGGCGGCCCCAAGUGGAGCAGCUCAGCCAGCAUUACCAGCCCGAGUGGCCAGCCUUGCCCGGGCUCGUGGCCCAGGCCCAGGCCCAGGCCCAGGCUGCCCCAUCUCUCCUGGAGCGACUACAGACCACCUUGAGCCUCCCCUUUGCCCAGUCUCCUCAGGAGGGGGGUGUCCUGGACCACCUUGUGACCGUCACAACCAGCCUGGCCAGUCCCUUCCUCACCACGGCCUGCCACACCCUGUGCCCUGACCAGCCACCUACACUGGGCACCCGAAGCAAGUCUGUGCCAGAGCUGCUGGGCACCGCCCCGCCCCCUCCUCCAGCGCCCCAACCCCCCCAGGUAGUCUCUGGCCCCCGGAUCUUCCUCCCCUACCAGAGCCCUCAGGGUGUGUUAAGCAUGUGCCCUCAGUGGCUACAGCCCAGGGACGGUACCAGCUCCAGGCCCCAAGCCCCCAAGAUCCUCCUCUCCAAGGCCCCCUCAUCUCCCUGGCAGUGCAAGCUGAAGCCCAGGCCUUCAGGGCAUCGAAUGCUGGCCCUUCCUGUCUGGAGAUACCAGGAACUCAGGAUGGAGAGAAGGAGGCAGGAGGAGGAGAACAGCCAGGGGAAGAUGGGCUAGGCCGGGCUGGGAGCAGGUAAUCAGGCCCUUCCCUUGGGCCCCUUUGCCCUCUAGAGCCCCUUCUGCCUUCCUGUCCCUCUCUGUCUAAGUGACUCUACUCUCAGCCUAUGGACGAGGUUAUUCGUACGGCAUUGUUUGCAACAGUAAAAGAGUGGAAACAACCUAAGUGUCCAUCAGUAGAGGAUUGGCUAAAUUGAUUAUGGGUAUAAUUACUUCAUACCCAUAUGAUGUAUUCUAUACAGUGGUAAAACAAGCGUAAGGAAGCUCUUUAUGUUCUGAUAUGAAACUGUCUUUGAGACGAAUUAGGUGAAAAUAACCAAGGGGUGGAACAGUAUGUAUGGCAUGCUACUAUUUGUCAAAGUAAAAUUUGCACCAAGAUAAACUUGACUAAUGCAAAUAUAUAGUGGUACCAAGAUUUAUUUAACUACUUAAUGAAUGAACCAGCAGGAUGGAUCAAAGGAAGAAAUGAAAAACCAUUAUUGACAGUCAGUGGAAAAAAGAAUGCUGGAAUAAGAUUGCAAAGUUAGGUACAAAAAAGUUAAUUCCUACCUGGCAACAAAACCGUAACUGUUUUUUUUUUUUUAACCAGACAAAAAUAAUUUGCUAUUUCUCAAGGUUAACUUCUUAACUUUAUAGCGUCUGGGCCCCAAUCAAUAGUAAAUAGUAUGUCAGCAAAGUUACUUCCCCUAGAUGACCCAUAGGUGGGGUUAUUGGCUAAUGGUCUAAAAUAUCUUUGAAAGGCCAUUUAGUAAUUUUUGCGUGUGCGUUAUUUCCAGGUUUUGGAUAUUUUUUCUUAACACAUUUGUUGCAUAAAUAUAUUUGCUUGUUCAUUCAUAAUAAUAAAGGCAACCACUUAUAAGGUGCUUGCUAUAUACGUUAAUACAUUCAACACUCACAAUAAUGCUAUGAGGAUCUUUGAGGACACAGGGCACAGAGAGGGUAAGGAAUUGCCGAGGCUCACACGGCUAGAAACUGGCAGAGAUCAAGAUUGAGAGUCAGCCAUCCAGUUGUGGAGCCAGACUCAACACUAAGCCAUGCGGCCUCACUGGAACCUCCCUGGAAAGAAACAUGGAGGUUGUCUCUGGAAGAAGACCAUGCAGCAGAUCAAGGGUGGAAGGCAGACUGUUCACUGAAUAUCUUUUUGGACCUUUUGACUUUUUAAAAAAAUAAACUUAAUUUUUAGAACAGUUUUAGAUUUACAGAAAAGUUGUGAAGAUGGUUCAGAGAGCUCCCAUAUACCCCACACCCUAGUUUCCUCUAUUAUUAACAUGAGUAUAGUACAUUUGUAACAAUUAAUGAACCCAUAUUAAUACAUUAUUAUUAAUAAAGUCCAUACUUUA